GUUCUUUGGGUUUUGAGGGAAUAGUCUUUUAGCCUUUCAAUAUGUCUGGGCGUGGUAAAGGCGGAAAGGGACUGGGAAAAGGCGGUGCUAAGCGGCAUCGGAAAGUGCUGCGGGAUAACAUCCAGGGCAUCACCAAACCCGCUAUCCGCCGUUUGGCCCGUCGUGGAGGAGUCAAGCGCAUCUCCGGGCUGAUCUACGAGGAGACCCGCGGGGUGCUCAAGGUUUUCCUGGAGAACGUGAUCCGCGAUGCCGUCACCUAUACGGAGCACGCUAAGCGGAAAACCGUUACCGCUAUGGAUGUCGUCUACGCCCUUAAACGCCAGGGCCGUACUCUGUAUGGCUUCGGUGGCUAAACUUUUCUUUUAUUAACCCAACAAACUAAA